AUGAACGGUUUUCCAUCAAAAUUUACGGUACUUGCAGCCGCCGUGUUGCUUGUUUUGGGGGAUUUUGCAGCAACUUCUGCCUUGAUUCCAGUUGGUAAUGGUUUUUCAUGUGGUAAGCAGAGGACUUCAGCAUUUGCGCCUGACAGUAAAGAUGGCUCAAGAUACACAUUUUCAAGGAGAGAAGGUUGCUUUGGAUGUCAAAGUAUGAACCUUAACAAAGGCAGGCAAGUGCUGCUGAGAUUGAGGAGGCUGCAACAAACAAGAAGAUUUACAAGGCCACCACCCCCACCGAUCAGAAAUUCCUUUAGGAUAUGGUCUGCUCCCCCGGCUCCUCCUCCAUCACUCACUGCAUGA